GCUGGGCGGGGCCGUGACGUCCUUGGCGUGGCUGCAGGGGAGGCCGCGGCGGGGAAAAUGGCGGACGGAAAGGCGGGAGAGGAGAAGCCUGAAAAGCCGCAGCGAGCUGGAGCCGCCGGAGGACCUGAAGAAGAAGCAGAAAAACCUGUGAAAACUAAGACUGUUUCUUCCAGUAAUGGAGGGGAAAAUUCCAGUCGCAGCGCUGAGAAGCGAUCAGCUGAAGAAGAAGCUGCAGACCUCCCUACAAAGCCUACAAAGAUCUCCAAGUUUGGAUUUGCCAUAGGUAGUCAGAUGACAAAGAAAGCCUCAGCCAUAUCCAUCAAACUUGGCUCAAGUAAACCUAAGGAAACCGUUCCAACUCUUGCUCCAAAAACCCUUUCAGUAGCAGCAGCCUUUAAUGAAGAUGAAGAUAGUGAACCAGAGGAAAUGCCUCCAGAAGCAAAGAUGAGGAUGAAGAAUAUUGGAAGGGAUACACCAACAUCAGCAGGACCAAAUUCCUUCAAUAAAGGAAAGCAUGGGUUUUCUGAUAACCAGAAGCUAUGGGAGCGAAAUAUAAAAUCUCAUCUUGGAAAUGUCCAUGACCAAGACAAUUAAAUGAUGUGUUUUGAAAUUGGGGUAUGGGGUGGGUGUAAAGUUAAAAGGAACAGUUUCCUUUUUUAAAGAAUGGUAUAAGACUAUCUUUGGAGCCGCCUUUUUUUUUUCUUUUUCUUUUUUUAAAGAUUGAGUGGUACACUAAUAAAUGAGAAUUUGAAAUUAGAGGUAAUUUAUGUUUUAUAUACAGAUUUCAAGACAUUUGCUAAUUUUGUAGUUUCACGUGAUUAGUUUCCAAAGGUUAUAGAUGAUUAAAAAAAUCAUAAAUGGUACCUUUCUAAGAAUUGCAUAUUUUUUUAGACACAACUACUAGCACAUUAAGAGGGAAGCAAAAAGUUGUCUAUUUAAACUGUAGGCAGUUACUCUCUAACUUAACUCCCUUGUUAACCUAAAGUCUGGCUCCCAGGAACAGCCUUAUAGAGAAGGGAGUAUUGUAUUGGGAGGAAAAUGUUGCUGGACUAUUGACUGAGAAAGUAAAUUAGAUAAAAAUUAAAAUACAGCUUUUUUUUUUCCUAAUGGGCAUUUGUUUUGUUUCGAAUCAUCAUAAACUAGUUAUUGCAUUGCUAUCAGUGGAUACAGAUGCUUAGCUCUUUAAAAAGAACAUUUUAAAAUUUUAUGUAAACUGUUGAGUAUUUAAAAUAGCCCACUUCACUUUAAAGGGUCUUGUCUACCUUUGAUAGUCUUCAAAGAACAACCAUUUGCUACCAAAGUAAAUCAGUAUUUUGAAUGUGCUUCUCUUGGUUUUUGUUAUUAGCUAGUUCCUGUAAGUAUUUCCACCAGAUCUUCAGGCAAAUCAUAAGGAAGCUGUUUCUUUUAAAAUAACAAACCACCACCAAAAAUUUAAAUGUACAUAAUAGUUAAAUAUUUGGCUGUUCUUAUUUUUUAAAGGAUAUAAACACCAAAAAAAAAGGCAACAUUGUAUGAAGAUGGAAAAUAAGAAAGAUGCACUUUCUGUAACUUUAUCAAAGCAGUUAUGUUACUAACUUGUGAAAUCCAAUUUGAUUUGAACUUAUUACAGGAAUUCUUAUUUAGCACAAUAAUAUUGUUUCUUUUAACUGUAUACAUAUUAACCAGUGGCCUCUUUAAAAGCACAUUUUAGAUACUGAAAAUAAAAGGAAAGAAAAUGCAUCUUUAAACAUAUUUUAUGGAAUCUUUGACCACAUAUACUUUGUUAAUCUUUGUGUUGUAGGAUUGUGUUUAUUUUGUAUUUUUGUAUUGUAUAUGAAUUCUUUUUUUAAUGUGACAGUUAAACACAUCUUUAAAAGCAUAGUCACACAUAAAAGAAACAUACAGUAUAAUGAUUUCCUUGAAAACUCUUACAAUGUUAGAUUUGGAGGCAGCUUCAUACUGUUUAAUUGGUGAUAACUACUCUCUGAGCUCUUUUAAUAGGUAAUAACUCCAGAGAAGCAGCCUGUAUAUAUUCCUAAUACUUUGUUCACUUGCAUAUGAGUUUAGAGUAAGCCCCAAGUAAAACAAUGGAAAUGUAUAUAGAACGAUUAGUUCUUACAUGGUUUAAUUAUAUCAAGAUACAUGAAUUUAACUUGCUUUAACGUAGGCAAACUUCCCAUUUUUGUUCAUUUUAAUGUUUAUGUUGAAAUAACAUCCCAAAACGACUGAGAUGAAUGUCUUUACUAAAAUACCAAUAAAUUUGUCCAACUCUA